UUCCUCUGCAACCAUGUCUGACAAACCCGAUAUGGCUGAGAUUGAGAAAUGUGAUAAGUCGAAAUUGAAGAAGACAGAAACGCAAGAGAAAAAUCCACUGCCUUCAAAAGAAACGACUGAACAGGAGAAGCAAGCAGGCAAAUCAUAA